AUGGCAUCAUCGUCGAUUGCGAAUCCUGAUGCAAACUCAAAUCCGUCGCCGAAAAAGAGAAGAAAAAUCGGGGUGGAAACUCAGUCCCAAAUUCAUUCCCAUGAGAAGAGAUGGAAAACGGAGGCGGAGCGACAGAUCUACUCAUCGAAGCUUGUCAACGCUCUCUGCCACCUCCGCCGCCCUGAUUCCGCCACCGCAUCAGGCCAUGCAGUCCGCGAGGCUGCCGAUCGUGUCCUCGCUAACUCUGCUAAAGGCCGGACUCGGUGGAGCAGGGCAAUCCUCACGGGUCGACUCAGCCUGCGACUCGCUCAGGUCAACAGGAAAAACAAAAGAGCAUCAAAACCGGUGAACCGAAAUUCCCGGUUGAAGAAACCGGCGGUUAAGAAAAAACUGUCACCUUUGCAGAAGAAAGUGCGGGUACUCGGCCGGUUGGUUCCUGGUUGCCGUAAUCUCUCAAUGCCGAAUCUUCUUGAAGAAGCGACUGAUUAUAUUGCGGCUUUACAAAUGCAAGUCAAAGCUAUGACUUCCCUUACUGGGCUCCUAAAUGGCGGCGGCGGCGGUUCGUUAGCCGGUUCAUCUGACGUGCUCAGCUCAGACCAGUCUUCUACUUCUUAG